UCUGUACAAAUAGCAUUUCCCCCCUCCCUACUACCUUCCAAGCGUUACGGGGCAGAGAGAACGGAGAAUCUGAACUGCUUGGCUCGGGACGGGAGGAUAUAACCCUUGUUUAAUGGCAUACCAAGCGUGGAAUGCAUUUUGUUCCUUCAUCGGAUAGAAGAGUCUAGAAUAGAGAGAUUAAACGUCGAGUAGAGUGGAAGAUUGCAUCUUCCAAGCGUGGCAAUGCAUUUCGUUCCUUCAUCGCAUGGAAGAUUCUAGAAUAGAGAGGUUAAACGUCGAGAGGAAGACGAUCCUUUUUCGCAGAGAUUGAGUGUGAACAGAUACAGAGAUGUACAAGUCGAAGCUACAGGAGCUAUGCCAGCAGAAGGGUUGGAAUUUGCCCCUGUACUCGACGAUCAAAGACGGCUCCGAUCACAACCCUGGCUUCACCGCCACCGUCACCGUCGAUGGCCGCCCCUUUCACUCCUCUGAUCACAACAGAACUGCCAAAGAGGCUCAAAACAACGCUGCUAUGGUCGCUUUCCACCACUUCUGCGGAUCCCCCAACCUUCCUCCUCCCCCAGCUGCCCCAUCUGUUCCCCCCGCCGCUCCCGCUUCUUCUUCCUCCCCCUCUGGUACAGUUACAAGUUUGGAUAAUACCAAAUUGCUGAAAGAAGCUCCUUCUGGAGUCAAAGAUGAUAGGAAACUUAAAGAUAUGCAGCAUGGGUACAAAAAUCUGCUUCAAAAGUAUACUCAGAUGAGAAACCUCAAUCAGCCUGCAUAUUCCUGUGAACGAAAAGGUCCCCCUCAUGCUUGUCGCUUCAAUUCAAAGGUUACAGUUGAUGGGAAGAGCUAUGAGAGCCCUGAAUUUUUCUCCACAAUAAAAGAAGCAGAACAGUCAGCUGCACAAGUUGCCUGCGAGUCAUUAUUACUUAAUGUAGUUCAGGAUGAAACUGGUGUCUACAAGAAUCUUCUACAAGAACUGGCUCAACGAGAAGGUUUUGACAUGCCAAAGUAUGAGACAGCUGUUUCUGGUCUGCAACACUCGCCAACUUUUGUCUCUACUGUGAAAGUUAGAGGAAAAUCAUUUAUAGGAGCAGCAGCAAAAAACAAGAAGCAGGCAGAGAUUAAUGCAGCAAGAGUUGCUUACAUUGAUCUUAGUGAACAAACCCAUCUCUGUGAUAUGGCGGAAUGGCAGAACAGAGAUGAAGAGAGGACUGAAUGCAGUGAACCUCCUGCUAUAAAAGAACCAGGUCCAUCCGUCCUGAAUCCCAUAGCUCUGCCAUCUGCAAGUGAGAUAAGGGAAGCCUUGGAAGUCUCAUCCGCCUUCUUGCAGUCUGUCGUCGUCGAUCAUCCGGAACAGAAUGUGCCAAAAGAUAUCCCGAUAAUAUCUGAAGAGCCAGAUGAGGAACAUUUAGGCAACAGGGAUCCGUUUCAUGCAACCGCUUCCUCGGGAGAAGAUAACGUGCAUUGGCCUUCAAAGUGGCCGGAUUAUUCUUCUAAUAUGGGAUUAACUGUUGGGGCCCCAGUUGAAGCAGGUGUAGCAAAUACCUCAUCGCCUGCAAAAGUUAUGAUUUUCCCUCGCGGUAAGAACGUCACAUUUCCCGAUGGUGCCAUUGUGUUGCCCUUCAGCGAUGAGAAGUGGGUGGCUUUGAAGAUGAAUGUGAGAAAGUGAUAGAUCUAUUAGUUGGAUUGCUAGUCAGAAAUUGCGAGCGGUACGAUGGUAAUGAAAACUUGUAAAACCAAUUGCCUUGGGUGGUAACUCACUAAGAAAAAAAAAAAAAAAAUUGCCUUGGAUGGUAACGGCGAGUAUAAAAAAACGCUUUACAUGGUAUAAAAUUAGAAAUGAUUUAUGGUAAUAAUAUAUAUACACAUGUAUAGCUAAAUGCUUUUGAUUAGAAGCAUAGAGACUUAAAUCUGUUCGCAGAUUGUGGACUAUUUUGAUAUUAGUUGGUGUUU